UUUAUUUUUCAUUAUUAUCGUAUUUAUCGAGUUAUAUAGGCAUUGUUUCGCUUUUAAUGCGAUCAUGGAACAUUAUGUACGUGGCGAAAUACUGCUAAAGUCCUUAAUUAUCAAGGAAAACGAAAUUUUCUGAUUUAGUAGUCUCGUCGCCCACCGCCAAAUGGCGCUAUCUAUAUAUUUUUUCAGCUUUAUUAAUGUCGGCGAAUACGAACUUUAAAUGGAUCGAAAAAAUAAUACCGUUUCAUUUAUAAGUACACCAGGAUUUUGUUCUGACUGUGGUUCCAUUUUGCCAUUAUUGGGAGAGAAAGGAGAUGUGAAAUGUUACGCUUGCAAACGGACUUGGGGUCCUGAAGCCUUCGGUGAUAUGUAUAUGAAUUAUACCAUUCACUUCAACAAAAAGGAUGCUUACGAGUCUUCGAAACAAAAAGACGACGACGAAGACGAAGCAGAAGGUCCAGUCGUUGAGCGAAAAUGUCCGCAAUGUCAAAACGAUAAAAUGUCGUAUGCCACGUUACAAUUAAGAUCGGCAGAUGAAGGGCAAACAGUGUUUUAUACGUGUACUAAAUGCAAAUUUAAGGAAACCGAGAAUUCAUAAAAUAAAUGUACGUUACGCGUCGACCAACGAGUGGACAAUCAGGGUGGAUCGAUCAGGGUUAUUUACUACAACGAUAACAGUCUGUGUUAAUGAAACAUAGAGUUUUAUUUCCGAUACACUCAACAAAUAGUUUGUGAAGGGAGAAUAAUAAUUUCACGAUACCGUCGAAUUAACGAUAUAUUUUCUUUUUGAUUACGUUUGGUUGUAUGUUCUUUUAUCGAUGUAUUUUUAAAUUCUAUAUUCGAUUAAAUAUUUUGUACAAUACAUUGGAAUAAAAGUUAACGAUCGCUCGAAGAAGUUUCUAUCGAUGAAUUAUCGAAACCGUUACAGUGGUCCUUUCAUUAUAAAAUCUUCGUAUUUAAAGAAUUUUGUUAGUACAUCGCUUAUGCUACAAAUAGUCUUAAAUACAGUUAUUAGUCGUUGAUAAUAAUAUGUAUUUAUAUAUAGUUGUAAUAAUAAGGAGAAGUAGAUACGCUAUUUAUACGAUAUCAAAGAAGUUUCAACAAUCGGGCAAUCAACCAACUUAAUUAUAUACACGACCAGAAAGAUCUUAUACUACGAUUUAUUUUAAAAAGGCUCCGGUUAUCGUAACAUCGAUAAAACUAACA